AUGGGUACCGACAAGACUGUUGAGACGAAAGCAUUCGUCGUAGUUGGAGUCGACUUUGUAACGACGUACACAGGGGUCGCCUUCACGCAUUCCGCAGACCCCGAUCCCACUCGCGUCACCGUCAUCGUGCAGUGGCCUGGAUCGGGCAACCAGAGCCGGCCUAAAGUUCCCACGGAAAUUAGCUAUGGGCCAUCCGGCGAGAAUAGAUGGGGCUGGCAGCUGCGCGCCGGCACCCCCUGGUUCGGCGGUUUCAAGCUCUUUCUCGACCCCGAGGCCGGCAGCGAGGCAUACAACGACGAGCAGCUGGCCGUGACCCUGGACCCCGGCAAUCCGGCCAUGGAAUCGUGCCUCCGGGAUGGGAAAUCUGCCACCGACAUGGCCUCGGACUACCUCCGCCUGGUGCACGCCGAGGUCAUGCAAGCGCUGGCGAAGAGGUUCCACCGGACGCUGGACACGCUCAAGAUCAAGUUCAUCAUCACCAUGCCCGCCAUGUGCCGCCCCCAGGACAUCAUCGAGCCCGUCACGGAGCCAGAGGCCGCAGCGUCGUACGCCCUCAAGGAGGUCAACUCAGUCUCGGCGUUGUCUACGGGCGGCUCCAGCGACGGCUCCGGAUGGCAGGUCGGAAAGCAAGUCAUUAUCUGCGACGCAGGAGGAGGCACAAUGGACCUGGUGUCGUACUCGACUGACCAAGUGACGCCCUACCUCAAGGUGUCCGAGACGACGCGGCCGCGGGGCGGGCUCUGCGGCGCGACGUCGCUCGACCAGCGGUUCCUCAACCUCGUCAAGCAGCGGCUGGGCAAGCAGGCCCACCUGCUGAGCGGCUACCACGGCGGCCGCGGCAGCCGGCUCAUGCAGUUGCUCGACAGCGUCAAGACGAACUUUGGGUCCAACGACUACCUCGACGACGAGGUCGUCGAGCACGGCAUCCGGGAGCUAGUUCCCAUUCCCGAACACAACAUUGAUAAUGAGUACAUCACGCUCUCGCACGAGGACAUGGUGUCCAUCUUCAACCCCGUCGUCGACAAAGUGCUCGACCUCGUGAAGGAUGUUUCGCGGGAUGCCACAAAACUGGAGCCCAGCAAGCCGGUAGCAGGCGUGAUCCUUGUCGGCGGAUUCGGAGAGUCAAUGUAUCUCUUCCAGCAGCUCAUGGCCUGGUGCGAUGAGCAGAAGCCUCCUCUUUUUAUCUGCAGUCCAAAGGAGCCGUGA